AAAUUAUCGUCCACGGCGCGCAUCAUUUGCAUCAGUUGCCCGCAAUGCACCUCUUAUCCCGGAGCACCCGCUGAACCACCGACCCGAGCGACCGACAAUGGCGGACGAGGACAACAUCGGCGUCGGGGACAUGUUCCAGGACCCGGAGGGGUUCUACGAGCCCGAACCGGAGCCCACCUUUGCAGAGCAUCACAUGCUGAGCGGGCAGACGGUGCGCGUGCGCCUGGUGGGCAGUCAUCCUCUCUACGGCAACCUCCUCUGGAAUGCAGGCCGCACCAGCUCGCACUACAUCGAACGACACGCCGACACACUCGUUAAGGGCAAGAACGUGCUGGAGAUCGGCGCCGCGGCGGGCGUGCCCAGCAUCGUCAGCGCGAUCAAGGGCGCGCGCACGGCCGUGAUGACCGACUAUCCGGACGUGGACCUGGUCGAGAACAUGCGGCACAACGCGGGCUUGUCGGCGUCGCUGAUCGGGAGCGAGUCGACCCUGCACGUCGACGGGUACAAGUGGGGGGCGUCGGUCGCGCCGCUGCUGGCGUACCUGCCCGAGGGCGCGCGCAGCGAGGGCUUCGAUCUGCUCAUCAUGGCCGACGUCGUGUACAGCCACCGCGAGCACCCGAAUCUGAUCAAGACGAUGCGCGAGACGCUCAAGCGCAGCCCCGAGUCCGUGGCCCUCGUCAUCUUCACCCCCUACCAGCCGUGGCUGUUGCCCAAGACGGAGAAGUUUUUCCCGCUGGCCGAGGAGAAUGGAUUUCGCGUGACCAAGAUCUUCGAGAAGGUCAUGGAUGAUGUGUUGUUUGAGAAUGAUCCUGGGGAUGAGAGAUUGCGAAAGACGGUGUUCGGGUAUGAGAUUCGGUGGGCGGACGAGGAAUUGAAGUAGGCAGCGAUUGCGAGGAUUCGCUGUUGCAUGCACGAGACAAAUGAAAUAAAUUGGGUUGCAUUGCGGUGUUGAGGCGGGGUACAAAGUGAUUCGGGAUAGACGCC